AUGAAUGCCAACAUUCCGCUGGAAGAAGUCUUUCCGUUUUCGCCUCGGGUUGCUCGUAAAGUUCUUAUUUGUGAUUCUAUCGAGACAGACGGCCGCUUUGUCUGCUAUACCUACGCCAAACAAGCGGUCAACGCAACCUGCCCUGUCCUGUGGUUGUUGGGGACACCAGUUACAGAAAUGCAAGUGGCAACGGGUCUCAAGAAAAUGGGAUGCGAUGCGGGGGCUUCCUAUUUACGGGAUGAAUCCUUAACGAGCGCUGGCGGUGGAAACAAGACCUUGACGAUCCGCUCUCUGGCGAGUGAAUUGGCCACUGCAACGCUCGACUUGAAAGAUGACGAGGAAGAAGAAUGGAGCGAGGAAGCCUUUCUAAAACAGUUGUAUCAACAAGCCAAAGAGUGGCUACUGGAAAAAUUGGAAUUGGCAUCGACCACUGAUUCUCCCUGUUGGAUUAUUUUGGAUGACAUGUCCACCCUUGCCACCAUGUUGUCGGAAAGUUUGGUCUACCAAUUCAUCGACACUCUGAUUGCUCUCGUUUCUCGUUUGGGCAAAAUGGACCAAGUUGGUAUCUUGAUUCGUGUAUCCAAUCAGCUUGAUCAGACACUAUUGAAUCAAUCCGAAGAAGAUUUUAUCAAGGAUCAAAGUGGGUGGGUUGGUGCUGGAGGCUUGGCACUUCGUUUGGCUCGCCGGCAAGACCAACAAGAUUGGAUUCCCUGGGAACGCAGUUUGCUCGAAAGCAUGGAUGGCGUCGUAGAUGUAUUGCCCUUGGCUUCUGGUUAUUCGCGAGAAGCUCAUGGUCGGCUCAUUUUUUCCGAAUUACCCAGUGGAAGGGGAUGGUCCGAAUCGUCGACCAAUACUACUGUUGCAACCACGUCAAGUGCAACAACGGCUUGGAACAAGCUAGUCUUCAAUUACUGCAUUCAUGAUAAUGGAGUAAAGGCUAUUCGCCUGCGAGUGCAAUGA